AUGAAGCAGGAGGAGGAGGCAGAGCGCGAGAGGUCCCGUCUGCCCCGGCUACGUCUGGGCCAGGAGAAAAGGUGGGAAACUCGGUCCGCGCCGCGCCCUCUUCCCGCCCCGCCGGGCCGCCCUCUCUCGAUCUGCCGCCGUGCCCUCCGGGCCUCCUCACUCCGCGGCGACUGGAGGGGCUGGGGAGCGGGUUCCCCGGGUUCGGGGCGAGGGUCCCGGGGCAGCGUGGGGGAGGGGCUUCUGAGCGGCCGGGUAGGGAGGCGGCAGGCUGGGCCUGCGGGCCGCGUGUGCCUACCGGGGGCAGGAGGGUCGGGGGACGCGCUGAGAAGGGGGUGGGCGGACGCCCCUGCCCCGGGCCGCGAGGAGAGGCCGGGCGAGGCCAGGCGAGGCUCCCACUCUUUCUACACUCCCUCCUGGAAACAGUCUCGGGUCGUAUAA